CAGCGUCAUAAGAGAACACCUCGAAAACCUGUAUUAUUGCUAUUGUAAUUUGGAUGGAUGCACGUUCACUAAUUCAUUUUUUUUAAUCAGUAGUGAAAGAUUCUAUUUUGUGUCGUUUUGCGCUGGCUAGGAAAGUUCACAACACAGCCUUCGUGAUGUUUGUCUGCAGGUACCUGCGUUGUUUUCCUAACCAUUGCAAUGUCCUAGCUUGCCAACCAAAACCUGAACCGUUUAACAUGGUAUACCUGCCGAAAAUUGGGAAAUGUGACACGUACGCUAAUAAUCUGGCAUAGGUUCGAGUUCGGGAUUAUUAGCAAUGCGGUGAAAUGUGUACUCAUCGAGUGAGUAAUGCCCGGAAGAAUAAACCAACACUGUUUGCUGUCUGCACCAGUCACGGCAUUUCGUCAGUUCUGGCUCCGGCGUGAUGCUACCACACCAGCCGUUCUAUCGCCCCCUACGGCAAGUGCCGCUUGUGGCAGUCCCAUCACCCGAAAGCAAUGGCCUUCACUUUUACUGUGGGACAUACUCUGCACAAAGCCAAAGCGUUGGUGCUGCGUCACGACUGCUCAUCUGCUUCACACCGGUUGUGGAGUGCUCAUCUCCACCAGUUGUGGAGCGCACAGCCAGCGUGCUCCUAAACGGUCUUGCAUACCACAACGUGCCAUUCACAAUGGUGAACAUCUCGCCACUUCUCAGCCACAGCAUAAAGAACUACUUUGCCAUUUGGGAUGAGGUUAUCCCGACGAAGGUGGGGGUGUGCGUCGUCGAAGCUGCGAAGGCCACCGAGGACGAGUUGCUGUCCUCAUUCGACGAAAGUGCACCGUACACCAUCAAGCGGGAGAACACGGAAGCACUAGUGAAAGCCCACUUUUCCGAAGCAGACGAGGCCAUCGUGGAGAACUUCCAGGUGUCCCUGGUCUGCCCACUAACGAAGAGGAAGAUUCGGGUCCCUUGCCGCGGUACCCACUGCCAGCACACACAGUGCUUCGAUGCCUGCGCUUACCUUGCCCUCAAUGAAGGCACGAUGCAUCCCUCCUGGCGCUGCCCUGUCUGCAGAGAUCAGGUUCUUCUCCAGGACAUUCGCAUCGACCUGUUCACGCUGGACGUCCUCCGCAAGGCUGACGACCAGUGCAGCACUGUGAAUCUUCUACCCAAUGGCAGCUGGGUGUCAGUGACAGAUUAUGACGACCACACUGCCAUUGUAAUUGAAGACAGUCCGGUCAAGGAGACUGAGAGAAUGUUACACAAUUCUUCGGUCAUUGACUUGACGGUAGAUUCGGACUAACAGUGGUUUGGUUGUCCAAUCGACCUGUGUUCUGUGUCACGGCAUGCCCGUGACUUAUGCCUAUGGUCUGCUGGGAAGAAAAUGAGACUGUGUUCGUGCCACAAGUGUGAUUCAAGGCGUUUCCCUUUCGCCAAAGAUUGUGACUUUGCUAGCAGCUGCUUCUUUGAUUAGUUGUUCCACCUGUGUAGAAGUGGUUAUGAAAAUUCGAAGCGGUGUACGAAAUUGUGCACCUUUGUAGCUGGACGCAACAGCCACCGCUGCCAGCAAUGACCUGUGUGCUUCAAAGUGAUAUUUUACGGACUUGGAGCAGUGUGCUAUUUUAUACAGUCGAAUGCUUUUAUAACGAAAAGCCUGAGGCUUCUGAAAUAAUUCAUUGUGUGGGUCACUUUGUUUUAAAGGUAGCGCGCUUUCCCAGCUCACAAUAGAACCGGGACAGAAUGGUUCCGUCAUUAUAUCAGUCAUUUCAUUGCCGAGGCAUUCAUUGUACAGGCGCUCGACUGUAUUUUCGUUUAUUUUUUCAUCUUUUUUACUGUUUUUAUCAACAGACUUUAUGCAUUUUAUAUCAAUAAAAUAUAUUUGUGCUUCAAA